AUGGAAUACUCUAGGGCCCAGUAUGGCCGCAAGCGCAUGAGCAUCGGGAACAUCAUCGGCGACCCGUUUGCUCUCGCAACAAUCUCGAUUGCCGCGCUUGCAUGGAUGAUUUCCUUCGUAGCAACAAUCGUGGCACACGUCCAAGUACCCUUCAACUUCCCACUCUACACGUACUGGGCAAUCGUCUUCUAUCUUGCAGUCAUCAUUGGCGUUUUUGUCGUGGUCGCGUCGGAUAGCACACAGACAUAUCAUGUUGCGCUGGUCGGUUACCUCGGUUGCGGCUUGGUACUGUCAACAUCGUCCGUCAACGGCCUGAUCCAUACCAACCAUGGCGCCAAGGAAGCCUCGGCCGCCGGUUUCAUCCUUCUCGCAAUGGUGACGAUCGUCUGGAUCUUCUAUUUCGGCUCCGCCCCAUCAGCGGUGCCCCGUGCGUACAUUGACUCGUUUGCCCUCGCUAAGGAGUCGACAUCCACAAACCGACAUACCAUGACCGGUGGCUACGGCAGCCGCAGACCGGAAACCUCGACCUCGGUGCAACCGCCACAGAUGUACACUGCUCAACUGAAUGGACUGGAAAACCCAUCACCGGUGGGUGGCAUGGCCUCGACGAUGCGGAACUCGACAACAGCCCCGGCAUUCACGGCGCCUAACCAGAAAGCGGCCACGCAGGCGCCAGAUGCGGAAAUAGUACCACCAACUGAGUACCCGUAUCGGGCGAAGGCUAUCUACAGCUACGAGGCCAAUCCCGAGGACGCUAACGAGAUCUCGUUCUCGAAGCAUGAGAUUCUCGAAGUCAGCGACGUCAGCGGCAGGUGGUGGCAAGCACGGAAGGAGAACGGCGAAACAGGCAUCGCGCCCAGCAACUAUCUCAUCCUAUUAUAG